ACCAUAAUUCUAACCUUAGCCCAUCAUGAGCCGUAGCCCCAGCCCUAGCCCUAAAUCUAAUCAUAACUAACGUUUUUGUUUUUAUUUCGAAUAAAUGUGACACGUUUGGGAUGGGCAUCUCGUGACAUCUCCGUAGCCUGCAAUGGGGCGUGUCCUGCCUAGAAACUAAGUGGGAAUUCUAGUGUAACGCCGACGCGAAAACAUGGCGACAUUUGAGUUAACAAAACUCAAACAGCGGUGAUUUAAAUUGAGUUUCUCUCUCUGCUUGAACCGAUACCCACUAAAAUGUCGGACUCUCUGGAAAACACAAACCUCCGGGAGCGAAUGGAGCGCCUGCAGAAAUUGGUGGAGUUUAGCGAACAUUGUCAGAAGCAGAUACAAGACAUGUACGACGCACUGGGAUGGUCGCCGGACUACGACCCGGAUAAGGAACCAAUGGAGCUGUGCCCCUACGAUCCCAGCCAUCGUGUCCCUGUGCGGAGCAUGGAGAAGCACAAAGCUUCGUGUUACCUCAGAAAGACGGGCUACUCUUCUGAGGAGCAGGUGGCACAUUUUCCUUUCUUGUCUUCCACUCGUGGGUUGGUGUGGGGAAAAAUAAAAUUGGCUGUCUUGCAGGCUGAGAUGUGCGACCCUUCUGCGUCUUACAUCAACACCAGCGUCCGCAGCUUUACGAUGGACAAAAACCUUCAGAACCAGGUAAUUCUGCAGGCAAGAUCUGCUGCGCCGCUCAUGAAGAUGGAAGGUGUCUUCUGGCAAGGUCAGUAUUCCUACCAUCCCGUUGACGUGCCACAGAACCACAAGCGAGCCGUGUGCGACCUCACCGUGGCCGACCGGCUGGCGCUGUACGACCACGUGAUCGCUGUCCUCAACCAGGAGAAGGCCAACGCUGCUACAUCGGGCAACGACGAACUAUACAUAGACCUGGUGUCCCAGCUGAAGAAGGCUGAACAACAGAAUGAGCCAAAGACCCAUUUGGAGCUGAUGGCGGAGAUGCGGGACUACAAGAGGCGGCGGCAGUCGUACCGCGCUAAGAACGUCCACAUCACCAAGAAGUCCUACACGGAGGUUAUCAGAGAAGUCAUCCAGGUCCACUCGGAGGAGCUCGCCAGACAGUGGAAGGAGGAGCACGAAGAGGACGCCAAUGAGGAGGAGGCCAGAGAAGGAACAUCCCAAAGGUUCUUUGAGCUUCUUUUUACCGGAAAAGUGAAAGUCCACAUGUUCAUUUCGUGCCGAUUUGUGUCCAGAAGUCGUAGGUCCAAUGAGCGUCGGUCCUUAUCCUCGGAGUCCCGCCGAUCGCGUAGCAGACGCCACCGCAGCCGCGAGAAGAGCCGCGACAAAGAAAGCAAGAAGAACAAAAGGAAGAGAGAUUCCCGCUCCCCGGAGGGACGACACCGAGACAGCAAGAAGAAAAAGAAAAGGAAAGUGGAGCGAGGGAGGAGUGACAGCUGAAUGAGAAAUCUUGGCAAUAAAGUUUUGCAAAAGCAAAAUGGCCCCGUUUUCAACUGGAAUUUUUAAAAUUGUUUUACUUUUUUUUUAAUGUUGGACAUUUGAAAUUUUUAAGGACAUGUAUAAAUGUCAAAUAAAUGUGUGUAAAUCAUUUUUUUUAUUCUACAGUUGAUGAAUAAUAUAAAAAUAUUUUUUUUAUAAUGCCCAUUAAAUAAGUAAACUUC